UCACGAGGUGGGCUCAUCCUUACAGAGGACUAGGACCUUAACUCCCGCCCUGUUUGUUGAGGCAUGAAUGGUUGGGUGUCUCAAAGGCGCGGAUAAAUUUGACCCUCGGUUCAAAUCAUAUUUUUCUCCUCUCCCAACCACCACCAGAUCCUGAUUCCUGAGUCUGUCUGGGGCUGAACACGGGUGGGGGGCGAGAGGGAGCCCGUCAUGGCGCUCCGGAAGCGUCUGGAAGAGGCCAAGAAGCGCGGCAGUGACUCCGGAGUGGAACCGGAUCGGAGCCUUUUGGGCAAGGAGCAGAGGGACCAGCGCAUCGGGCUGUUUCUGCGGGAUUUCGACCACCAGGCGAAGGAAACCCUGCAGGAAAUGAAGAAGGAGCUGGCCUCGCUCCUGCAGGUGGCCGAGCAGGCCUUCCAGGUGGAGUCCCUGGCCGUGCCGGUGGCGAUGCGCAAAAUGCGCAGGAAGGACCUGAUGGGUCUGAAAGAAGAAGAAGCUGCUGCCACUGUCGCCGCCUCCCUUGAAGCCAAUGACUACUGCGUGGGACACAAGCCAAGUGGGACACAAGCCAAGCUAGUGAGGACAAAUAGCAAACGAGUUAAGGUCACCACGAUUGUUGAAUACAAGGACGAGAAGGAGGAGACGGGGGUACAGGGCAAGAAAAUGUCUCACAAGGUAUUUAAAGCCAAUUCCCUGGUUCCUUUGGCUUCUGCUGUCCGGGGGAAACAAGGUGGCUUGUCCAGGUCGGCCUCUGCCUGCUCCACUCCCAACGCCCGAACUCUUGAGCGAUCUGCCUCUCUGCGGGACCGGCCCGUCUCAGCCUCUAAGGGAACGGCCUCGGCCUCCAAAAGAUUCUUCCAGAAGGGGCUCUCCAAAAGCGUGUCAGCUUCAGAGAGAGCACAGGCCACCGCCCUACGGAGCACUUCAAUGCCCCACGAAAGAUCGGUCCCCUUUGUCAACAUACCUCUGGCCGAUGGGCAGACUCUCUGCUCAGCUGGAGACGACCUCCAGAAUAUCAAUGUGGAGUUACUAAACAACGAUACCGUCCAGCAUAUCCACACUUUAGUGAACCAGUUGACAGUCCUCUGUGGGAAAGCGACAAUUAAAUCAAAUUAAUGUAAUAGACGGGUAAUCUUCUCCCUCCCACUUCUGGUAUGUGAAUAUUCUGGAAAAGUUGUUUAUGAGGCGAAAGGCGAUCGUUUUUUAAAGUUUGUACACUGCACAUUAAACUUCCUAUUUCUCCUAUAAAGAAA